CGCCGCUGUUGUUGUUGUUUUUCGGUGUUGUGCGGGUGGUCGAAGCGCCGAUUUUGUUGUAAAUUAAUAGAAAAUAUUGCUUAUCGUGUUUGGAAAUAAUAAAUAAAAGAACGAGCUUGGAUUAAAGUCAAUAAUUUACCUCGAGAUCUUAAAAUCAGCCAUUAUUAAUAGAUAGGAACCCAGUUAAUUAUAUAAAAAGAACAAAAUUGUAAGUUGUAGCAAGGGACCGUUAUUCGUUGGCACAAAAAGUAGCUUAAAAGGAGUAAGGAUUUCAGGACCAAAACAAAAAAAGGAAAUUGCAAUCAAAACAAAAAGGAUGAAGCUUGAAAUGGAAUAAUUUGUGGGGUCAUUAUGCGUGGCAAGGAGAAAGUGCGCGCAGAUUUCGGUGCUUUUUUUUGGCAGUUCUCUUAAUACACACACAAGCAAUAUCUGCGUGAAAGUAAACAAGUUAGUCAAUAUAAAAGAAAAUGCUAAAUUUAGACAAAUCAGACGACGACGAUGAACACAAACUGGAAGCAAAGCUGACAUCCGCUCCAUCAUCAUCGGCACAGCGCCCAGCACAAUCAGAAGAAGAUCUGGAGCCGCUGGAACCGCCAUAUACCGCUCCAUUGGCUCCAUAUGACAUGGAAAUGAUAAAACGCGCCGGAUUAACCGAUAAGCUAAUUAAUAACGAAAGCAUCUUUGAGAGCGCUGGAGAUGCUAUGACUCGAUUUAUUCACCAAGAGCGGGCAACAUCAUCCAAUGAGUCACUUAGUUUAAAUGAUAAAAGAGCACAUUUCGCGGAAAGUCAUAAUUACAACGAUAGCAGCGCCUCAACUUUACAGCUGCCAGAGGGCGGGUCCUUACCCAACGGCAAGGUAGAUAAUCAUCAUACGAAUUCUACCAUUUCCACGCCAUUAUUACCAAUGGCAAGUGAGAAAUCUGCAGGAACUUUGGCGGAGGAUCAAAAUGGCGAAGGCGAUGGUGAUGGCGAUGCUCCCGUCUACGAUGAACGUGAAUGCAGUUGUCCUAGGGAAUUCUAUCAAAGAUCCGAGUUGAAUACAUCGCUCUUUUUUGCGGAUUGUGUACGCUCUAUUGACUUUGUGCUAGCCUAUACAGUCAAUGCCCAUGAACCGACUGAACAGGAGAAUAUUGAAAAGAGACGCGUCUUCGAAACAAAUCUUCUAAAUCAGGGCCUAGAAGUGGAGUACAGCCAAAAAGAGCAAAUCUAUUUUGUUAAGAUCCAUGCCCCAUUGGAGGUAUUACGUCGCUAUGCGGAGAUACUUAAGCUACGCAUGCCAAUGAAAGAGUCAUUUUGUAGUGUGCGUAUACACGAAAGAUCAAAUCGUCUACACAAUGCGGCACAUUAUUUGUCCAAGAAGAUUCCUGGCAUCUCUGUGGUAAAUCGUUCAACAAAAAGUGUAUUUUCUAGUCUGAAAUCCGUUUGCCAAUUUUUCCUACGUAAUAUUUAUGUAGAUGAACGUUAUUUUCCAAAACGAGCACAUCGUUUCACUGCCAUCUAUAGUCGAGAUAAAGAAUAUCUUUUCGAUAUCCGUCAAGAUUGUUUCUUCACCACAGCAGUUCGAUCUCGUAUAGUGGAAUUUAUAUUGGAUCGUCAACGUUUUCCUUCAAAGGGUCACAAUGACAUGGCUUUUGGUAUUGAGCGCCUGAUUGCCGAGGGUGUUUAUGUUUCAGCAUAUCCCUUGCAUGAUGGAGAGAUUAGCGAACCAGGAACCACAAGAGAAAUACUCUAUAAACACUGGGCAUCGGUUUCCAAAUGGUAUCGUUAUCAACCAUUGGAUGAUAUUAAGGAAUAUUUUGGAGUUAAAAUAGGUCUUUACUUUGCCUGGUUGGGCUAUUAUACGUACAUGUUGCUUCUGGCUUCAGUCGUCGGAGUAAUAUGCUUUAUGUAUUCUUGGCUCUCCCUUAAGAAUUAUGUACCAGUUAAAGAUAUUUGCCUACGGACGAAUACAAAUAUUACAAUGUGUCCUCUAUGUGAUUGGUGUAAAUUUUGGGAUUUAAAAGAGACGUGCAAUUAUGCAAAAAUAACUUAUUUAAUUGAUAAUCCAAGUACCAUAUUCUUUGCCGUGUUCAUGUCCUUUUGGGCAGCACUAUUCUUGGAACUGUGGAAACGCUAUUCGGCCGAAAUAACCCAUCGCUGGGAUUUAACUGGAUUCGAUGUACAUGAAGAGCAUCCAAGACCACAGUAUUUGGCACGAUUAGAGCAUAUACCACCGACUCGAACUGAUUAUGUGACAAAUAUGAAGGAACCGACUGUACCAUUUUGGCGUAUGAAAUUACCGGCUACGGUUUUUAGUUUUUCCGUAGUUUUACUUUUAAUUGCACUAGCAUUUGUUGCUUUACUCGCUGUUGUAGUCUAUCGUAUGUCUAUGAUGGCUGCUCUUAAAGUGGGCUCUGUCCCAAUGACCACCUCUAAUGCCAUUGUUGUGGCCACUGCAUCGGCUGCCUUUGUUAAUUUAUGUUUGCUCUAUGUACUCAAUUAUAUGUACAAUAUUUUGGCCGAAUAUCUAACAGAGCUGGAAAUGUGGCGAACUCAAACCCAAUUUGAUGACUCACUCACACUCAAAAUAUAUUUAUUGCAAUUUGUUAACUAUUAUGCUUCCAUAUUUUAUAUAGCCUUCUUUAAAGGCAAAUUCGUUGGUCAUCCAGGGCAAUAUAAUAAGCUCUUUGAUUAUCGUCAAGAAGAGUGUUCUUCCGGUGGAUGUUUGACUGAGCUUUGCAUACAAUUGGCCAUUAUUAUGAUAGGAAAGCAAGCAUUCAAUACAAUUUUAGAAGUUUAUUUACCAAUGUUCUGGCGCAAAGUUUUGGCCAUUCAGGUUGGCCUCUCGCGUCUCUUUAACAAUACUCCCAAUCCGGAUAAAGCAAAAGGUGAACGCUGGAUGCGUGAUUUUAAACUCUUAGAUUGGGGACCGCGAAGUCUAUUUCCCGAAUACUUGGAAAUGGUCUUGCAAUACGGUUUUGUAACAAUAUUUGUGUCUGCAUUUCCCUUGGCCCCAUUCUUUGCACUAUUGAAUAAUAUAUUGGAAAUGCGUCUGGAUGCCAAGAAGCUGCUGACACAUCACAAACGUCCCGUGUCACAGCGUGUUAGAGACAUUGGUGUCUGGUAUCGAAUUUUGGAUUGCAUUGGCAAACUAAGUGUUAUCACAAAUGGUUUUAUCAUAGCCUUUACCUCGGAUAUGAUUCCACGAUUAGUCUAUCGAAAUUAUGUCUCAAAAGAUGGUACACUGAAUGGUUAUUUGGAUUUUACCUUAUCGGAAUUUAAAAUCUCAGACUCACCAACUUUAAGAAGUUUGGCCGGCGAUGGCGCCAACAUAACGACGUGCAGCUACACCGACUUUCGGUUGCCGCCCUCAUCACCUGAUAAAUACACUUUAAGCAACAUGUUCUAUAUAAUUUUGGCUUGCCGUUUGGGUUUCGUUGUUGUUUUCGAAAAUUUUGUCGCCUUGGUUAUGAUAUUUGUACGCUGGUGUAUUCCCGAUAUGAGUGUGGAACUUCGUGAUCAAAUACGCCGUGAAGUCUACGUGACCAAUGAGAUAAUUAUCGAUCAAGAAGCUCAUAGAGCGCGCACGGAACGUUUUAAGCGCAGCAGUUCGGUUUUGCCCAGCCAUCGUGAUCAGGAUACCAUGGAUGCUGCAUCUGUCCAUGAACCAAAUGCCAAGUUUAUAAAUAUUGAAAAAUUACUUAGUGCUGACUUAACACAAAUCGAAAUGGACACUAUUAUACAUGGAGAGAAUACCAAUACGGGUAUUUCCGGUGCAGACUGUUGAAAUUAGCUUCAAAUUUGAUUUUAUUCAUAUUUUUUGGCAGGCACAAAAUGCUCAUUUAAGUGAAUCUUUUUUUUAGUUAUUAGCUACAACGUUUAUUUUUCAAAUUGUGUUAUACUAAAGUUCCUCUUAAGAAACUUAACUAUAUUAGAUUAUUAUAUAUGGUUUAAAGCUUUGUUAUUAAGCAUCAAAUGUGAAUUGGAAAAUGCUUUAUAAUUUCUAAGAUUAAGUGCAAAAUAUGUUAGCUGCACAUAAAAUUUGAUGUUAGGCAAAAAUUUUAUACGUAUAUAUUGCACAAUUUCUCAUAUGCAUCUCGGAAUCUUUUUCAUGAAAAAUCUCACCAAUUUUAUAAACAUUAACUCAGGCUCUGUCUCUCUGUUUCCUUAAUGCAAUACGAAGAGUCCUUAAAUAAUAUGAUCUGUACCUAUAUUUACCAAGUGUUCAAACUUUUGGUAUAAACUUGAUAGAAAUCAAUACCAUGAAUAAUAUAUUAGACAAAUUGUAUUCUUAUAUAGUCUAUAUAUAUAUACAGUACCUACUCAUAUUUAUUACCUACAAAAUGAAUGUUAUUAUAAUGAAAUCUGUAAUAAAACCAAGUUUUAUAGAAA